AGUAAAAUUAACCGUUAUUUAUGUUGAAAUAAACACUCUUCUAUGAUUACGCAAGUUCUGUGUACUGACUGAAUAUAUGUUUGAUAUUUGCAACUGGACGCUAAGCAGCUAACGAUCUUUGAUAUUUGCACCUGGACGCUAAGCAGCCAACAAUAUUUGAAAUUUGCCACUGGACGCUAAGCAAUCAAUUAUAUGUUAGAUAGAAAUAUAAACUAUGCGAUUAUUCACUUUUUCACCUCCUACUAUGAGUCCCGACAUAGAACAUAACCAAGGUUCAAGUGUUCAGUAUGGGCCAAUAGAGUAUGGCAUAGCUAAUUACGUUUUACUAGCCUUCAGUGUUCUCAUAGGAUCUCUGCUUCUCGGUUCUGUUAUAUUCCUUAUCUAUAGAGAAUAUAAGAAACAUCAGGCCGAAAAAGAAAUGAAAUUUAGAGAAAAACUUUUAAUGAGAAGAACAGGAAUAAGUGGUCGCAGUGGUGGUAUUAUAAAUGACGAUUUCCGCCAUGACAGCGUCAGUGACAAAAAUACGUCAUUUAUAUUUUUGUCUCCGACGCCGACGUCAGAGAUUAGCUUGUGAAUAUUCAUUAGAUGAAGGACACUUAAAGUAAACAUAUUUGUAUGUAUGUAUAUAGUAUGUAUCAUUUAAAUUCAAAUGCUAACAUCAUUUCAUUCAUGACUGUAAUGUUAAAAUAAAAUAUAGAAUACCAUUAA